CCUAUGGUGUAAACGUUUGCUUAUUUAUGAAUGUUGCUGAGAGAUAAUAGUUGCGUUAGCCUUUAGGUUAAUUUAUUUGAUAGUGAAUUUGUGAAUAUACGUAAUGGUUGAAACUGAUAGACUUGAGAAUAUUAAUCCGAAGUUGUACACCAAAUGUGAUGCAAGAAUUGUCACAUGUGAAGAGGAGGAUGAUAAAAUUGUCGACGACUUUGAUUCGCGCGAAAUUUUUGAUAUAAUUCGAGGAAUAAAUGACCCGGAACACCCUCUAACUUUGGAACAGUUGAAGGUGGUCGAAGAGCAUCUAAUUGAGGUGGAUAAUGCCAGGAAUUCAGUGCGGGUGCAGUUCACCCCGACGAUACCGCACUGCAGCAUGGCUGCCCUCAUCGGGCUGGCCAUCAGGGUGCAGCUGCUCCGCUGCCUGCCGGCAAGGUUCAAGGUGAAGGUCGAGAUCACGCCCGGGAGCCACGCGUCGGAGCACGCGGUCAACAAGCAACUAGCAGACAAGGAGCGAGUGGCUGCUGCGCUCGAGAAUGCCAAUCUCAUCGACGUGAUCAACCAGUGCGUGGCUGGCACCGUCUUCCAGGAGGACCUAAAAUACUGAUCAUUCUGCCAAACGUGCUGUAAAUAAUGUAGAAAACUGACGCUGUACCAUUUUAUAAAUAAAUGUGUAAUUUCUUUUAGUGCUACAA